CAUGUUCUUUGUUCAAACACCCUCACAGCAUUUAACAAAAUAACUAUUCUAGAAAUCAAGUAAAUAUAUUAUCGUAUUAAUUAAAUGUAAUAAUAAUAUUAGGAUGCCGAGUAUUUUAAGAAAAAGGGUGAAUAUCGUUUGAGAUCUUUUAAAAAACUUAAAGAUGGAAUAGAAAAUAAAUGUAAUAUCAUAAAAGGAAGGAGUCGAGAGAUUACAGUCAAAAAAAAGCUCAGACCUUAUAAGUCAUUAGAAGCUAAAUUUUAAGAACACUCUGACACAUUUCGCACUCGCUUUGUGAACUCUCAAUUUUCCAACAUUAUCAAUGAGGUCAGUCACACUUGCGAGGACAUUGUAUCUAGUAUUUCGAGAAUCAAAAAUGAGGAUAAAUAACGUAAUCACGAAAUUUAAGCCUUACUCAAAAAAAUAGAUAACCCUUCAGAACUCAAUAUCACUCGAUGGCAAACAGACAAUAAAUACAUAGAAAUUAAAGAAGAACUCAUUAAAAUGCAAUAAGACUCAGAAUUACCUGAUUAUUGUAAAUUUUGUUUGAUCAACAGCAAAGAUUCAAUGAAGAGGAUGAAUAGAUCUAAUUAAGAGAUCAAGGAAACACGACUACUCUUUUAAAUGAAGGAUAAGUUGGCUCCUCAUCAACUAAAAUAAUACAUGGAAUAAUUGUUAAAGAAAUAUUAGAGAAUCCAAUCCAAUUAGGAAUUAGAACCUAAUGGAGUUGGAUGGAAACUCAAAACUAAAUUGCAACCAUAUCAAAGUAGUGACGAUUGGGUUGUUAUUCGAGAACAUAUGCUGGAGAAGAAGGAACCAUCUAUGCAGGAUAAAAUAAAGAAAGCUGAGACAUCAUUCAAAAGACAAUUACAUGAACAGAAAUACAGAGACGCAGCAUUUAAAUAAUUGAAAUCCUAAAAUGAAGCAAUUUUAUAAUUUGAGAAAAGAAUAUUCAAAACAGAGCCAGAAGAAGACCUCAAAGAACAAUUUCAAAUUAGACUUCAAGAUGCCAAAUGGUUUUGUGAAGAGAAUGCAAAAAAGAUUGACAAUUGUAAGACUGAUCUGAAGUAAAAAUUAUACUAAAUAAAACGAGAACAUGACAGAAUCUAUAAAAACGAAAACAACUAUCUAAAUAGACUACUAUCUUUUUGA